CCUCAAGCCACCACAACCCUUCAACCCAGCAGUAACACUCCCUCAGUGUCAGUACUCUGGCUGACAGUGGCAGAGAAUCAGCAGUAAAGCUAUCCAAGAGUGAUUAAACAUGGCUGGGCAUUCUGUUCCGAUUGACUUCAGGGUUAAUCCUGCAAAAGUUUCCAACCCAGUGGAGAGGAAAACUUUGUUGCAGGAUCUGUUACCGCUCAUUGAACCUUUCACAGGACCCUUAAUUGAGACAUCAUUGUGUGAGGUGCCAGGCGGCUCUCAUGUGGCACUCUACUGCUCUGACACUAUGACACUAGCAGUUAAGCUCUAUUUCAAUGGACUGAUCUCUGCUACUGUGGAGUAUUACACAGAUGAAGUUAAUGAACACAAGAUAUCUAAUGAUGUAAGUAUUUUAGUUUUUCGUAAUAAUGGUAAAAUUACUGGCAGAAUGUUACGUAAUGGAGAACAAGCCACAUGGGGAUGGAAUUCUUCAGCUUUAGACCUCUUGCACUUUAGACCUCUCGCACUUUUGCAUCAUCAGGAGCUAUUGACAGAUGGUGAUGGCAUAAUGGAAGAUCAGGGAGGAGGAGAGAGGGAGUUAGGAGUGACAGAUGGUGAUGGCAUAAUGGAAGAUCAGGGAGGAGGAGAGAGGGAGUUAGGAGUUUCAGAUGACCGGAUCCUUGAAUAUGAUGUUGAUGAGCUGUUGUUCAGUGAGCAGACAGAGUUCCAGAAAGUUCAGAUCUACCACACAAAGAGCUUUGGAAACAUGUUGGUUCUGGAUGAUCUUCAGAAUCUUGCCGAGAGUGACCUGGCAUAUACUCAUGGACUGAUGAACAAAGGACUUGAGAACUUCAAGGAGAAAGAAAUACUUAUCCUGGGUGGAGGAGAUGGUGCUUUACUCUGGGAACUGCUGAAGGAGAAGCCUAAAUAUGUCACAAUGAUUGAUAUUGACGAUGCCGUAAUGAGGUCGUGUGCCAAGCACUUGAAGUCUGUAUGUGGAGACUGCUUGGACAACUAUGAUGGAGAACACUACAAGAUAAUUGUAGGUGAUGCUAUAUCUCACAUGAAAGAUAUGAUCAAGGAGAAACGAACCUUUGAUUAUGUAUUUGCUGACCUAACUGAUGUGCCAAUAUCCCCAUCGCCACGUGGGGAACUGUGGGAUUUUAUGCGUGCAAUUAUGAACCUUGGAACUGAACUUGUGAAACCUGACACUGGGAAAUACAUGACUCAUGCAACUGGAAUCCAGUGCAAGAAAGCUCUGACAAUGUUUGAGGAACAACUUAGUAGUCUUGAGAUACCUGUGACCUUCACUCAAACUAGUCACUAUGUGCCUAGUUUCAAGGAGAAAUGGUGCUUCUAUCAAGUCACUCACAAGUCUCUGAAAACAUAGUGGCGUAUAGUUCCUAGCAAUGGAGAAUUUGUAUUCAGUUUACUACAGAUACAGCAGAUUUCAGCACUUGACUCUUUUUUCGCAAAUUUCUUUUAUCUGUAGAGAUUAUUCCAGGUGAUACUCCUAUUAAAUUUAUACCUAACACUUGUAUUCAAUAUAUGCCAUAUACAGUAUUAUAUAUUUUAUAUACUGAUGAAAUAAAAUAAACCAAUUAAACAUUAA